UAAGCGUGUGUGUGUGUGUGUGUGUGUGUGUGCACGCGGGGUGCGUGCGCGCGCGGGGCCUGCCCAUUUUCCUCCUCGCAGCAGUCAGUUGGGAGCUGGAGGGAGGGAGAGGGAGACGCAGGCAGAGAAGCAGGAGAGGAGCCAAGCGCCCUCCGCCCAAGGCGCCCUCCCUCCGUCCGCGCACAGGCGCCGUCGCUUGGCGGAGCAAGGUGCCUCCCAGCCCGCAAGGGCGCACUGCACCAGUCCGUGGGCUCUUUUAGUGAUUUUGCCCGGGGACUGCACCUGGAGGCGGCCCCGGACGGGGAUGGUCAGCGGCUGCCGUCGUCUGGCUGGCAAGCGGGACGCGGUGAGGGCACCAUGGCGUUGACGGCCGGGUGGGGGUCCUCGGCUGGGCUGGUUCGGCCGGAGCUCUGGCUGCUGCUGUGGGCAGCCGCGUGGCGCCUGGGUGCCACGGCGUGCCCCGCCCUCUGCACCUGCACGGGCACCACGGUGGACUGCCACGGCACCGGGCUGCAGGCCAUCCCCAAGAACAUCCCACGGAACACCGAGCGGCUGGAGCUCAAUGGCAACAACAUCUCCCGGAUCCAUAAGAAUGACUUCGUGGGGCUGAAGCAGCUGCGAGUGCUGCAGCUGAUGGAGAAUCAGAUUGGAGCAGUGGAACGGGGGGCCUUCGAUGACAUGAAGGAACUGGAGCGGCUGCGACUGAACCGGAACCAGCUGCACGUGUUACCAGAACUGCUGUUUCAGAAUAACCAGGCUCUGUCGAGACUGGACCUGAGUGAGAAUGCCAUCCAGGCCAUCCCCAGGAAAGCUUUUCGUGGAGCUACAGACCUCAAAAAUCUACAGCUGGACAAGAACCAGAUCAGCUGCAUUGAGGAAGGGGCCUUCCGGGCUCUGCGGGGGCUGGAGGUGCUGACCUUGAACAACAACAACAUCACCACCAUUCCUGUGUCCAGCUUCAACCACAUGCCUAAGCUCCGGACCUUCCGCUUGCACUCCAACCACCUGUUCUGUGACUGCCACCUGGCCUGGCUCUCGCAGUGGCUGAGGCAGCGGCCAACCAUCGGGCUCUUCACCCAGUGCGCUGGCCCCGCCAACCUGCGUGGCCUCAACGUGGCUGAGGUCCAGAAGAGCGAGUUCAGCUGCUCAGGCCAGGGGGAGGCAGGGCGUGUGCCCACCUGCACCCUCUCCUCUGGCUCCUGCCCGGCCAUGUGCACCUGCAGCAAUGGCAUUGUGGACUGUCGCGGCAAAGGCCUCACCGCCAUCCCUGCCAACCUGCCCGAGACCAUGACGGAGAUCCGCCUGGAGCUCAAUGGUAUCAAGUCCAUCCCCCCAGGAGCCUUCUCUCCCUACAGAAAGCUGCGGAGGAUAGACCUGAGCAACAACCAGAUUGCAGAGAUCGCACCUGAUGCCUUCCAGGGCCUCCGCUCCCUGAACUCAUUGGUUCUCUAUGGGAACAAGAUCACAGACCUCCCCCGAGGUGUGUUUGGAGGCCUGUACACCCUACAGCUCCUCCUCCUGAAUGCCAACAAGAUCAACUGCAUCCGGCCUGAUGCCUUCCAGGACCUGCAGAACCUCUCGCUGCUCUCCCUGUAUGACAACAAGAUCCAGAGUCUCGCCAAGGGGACGUUUACCUCCCUGAGGGCCAUCCAGACACUGCACCUGGCCCAGAACCCUUUCAUCUGCGACUGUAACCUCAAGUGGCUGGCUGACUUCCUGCGCACAAAUCCCAUCGAGACAAGCGGGGCCCGCUGUGCCAGCCCUCGGCGACUCGCCAACAAGCGCAUUGGGCAGAUCAAGAGCAAGAAGUUCCGGUGCUCAGCCAAGGAGCAGUACUUCAUUCCAGGCACGGAGGAUUACCACCUGAACAGCGAGUGCAACAGUGAUGUCGUCUGUCCCCACAAGUGCCGCUGUGAAGCCAGCGUGGUGGAGUGCUCCAGCCUGAAGCUCACCAAAAUCCCUGAGCGCAUCCCUCAGUCCACGGCCGAGCUACGAUUGAACAACAAUGAGAUUUCCAUCCUGGAGGCCACUGGGAUGUUUAAAAAACUUACACAUCUGAAGAAAAUAAACCUGAGCAACAACAAGGUAUCAGAAAUUGAAGAUGGGGCCUUCGAGGGGGCAGCCUCCGUGAGCGAGCUGCACCUGACGGCCAACCAGCUGGAAUCCAUCCGGAGCGGCAUGUUCCGGGGGCUGGACAGCUUGAGGACCCUGAUGCUGCGGAACAACCGCAUCAGCUGUGUCCACAACGAGAGCUUCACGGGGCUGCGCAAUGUCCGACUCCUCUCCCUCUAUGACAACCAGAUCACUACUGUCUCCCCGGGGGCCUUUGACACCCUCCAGUCCCUCUCCACACUAAACCUCCUGGCCAACCCUUUCAAUUGCAAUUGCCAGCUGGCCUGGCUGGGUGACUGGCUGCGGAAACGCAAGAUCGUGACAGGGAACCCACGAUGCCAGAACCCAGACUUCCUGCGGCAGAUCCCACUGCAGGACGUGGCCUUCCCUGACUUCAGGUGUGAGGAAGGCCAGGAGGAGGUGGGCUGCCUGCCCCGCCCGCAGUGUCCCCAGGAGUGCUCCUGCCUGGACACGGUGGUCCGAUGCAGCAACAAGCACCUCCAGGCCCUGCCUAAGGGCAUCCCCAAGAAUGUCACAGAACUCUAUCUGGACGGGAACCAGUUCACGCUGGUUCCAGGACAGCUAUCCACCUUCAAGUACCUGCAGCUUGUAGACCUGAGUAACAACAAGAUCAGUUCCUUAAGCAAUUCCUCCUUCACCAACAUGAGCCAACUGACCACUCUAAUCCUCAGUUACAACGCCCUCCGGUGCAUCCCUCCUCUGGCCUUCCAGGGGCUCCGCUCCCUGCGCCUGCUGUCCCUCCACGGCAACGACAUCUCUACCCUCCGAGAGGGGAUCUUUGCUGACGUGACCUCCCUGUCUCACCUAGCCAUUGGUGCCAAUCCCUUAUACUGUGACUGCAGCCUCCGCUGGCUGUCCAGCUGGGUGAAGACUGGCUACAAGGAACCAGGCAUUGCCCGCUGUGCAGGGCCCCCAGACAUGGAGGGCAAGCUGCUUCUCACCACCCCUGCCAAGAAGUUUGAAUGCCAAGGUCCGCCCACUCUGGCUGUCCAGGCCAAGUGUGAUCCCUGUGUGUCCAGCCCGUGCCAGAACCAGGGCACCUGUCACCAUGACCCCCUUGAGAUAUACAGGUGUGCCUGCCCCAGUGGCUACAAGGGCCGAGACUGUGAGGUGUCCCUGGACAGCUGUUCUAGCCGCCCGUGUGAAAAUGGUGGGACCUGCCACUCACAGAAGGACGAAGAUGCUGGCUUCACGUGUGCCUGUCCCACCGGCUUUGAAGGACCGACCUGUGGGGUGAACACGGAUGACUGCGUGGAUCAUGCCUGUGCCAAUGGGGGUGUCUGUGUGGAUGGCGUGGGCAGUUACACCUGCCGGUGUCCCCUGCAGUAUGUGGGAAAGGCCUGUGAGCAGCUGGUGGACUUGUGUUCCCCGGAUCUGAACCCAUGUCAACACGAGGCCCAGUGUGUGGGCACACCAGAUGGGCCCAGGUGUGAGUGUGCACCAGGUUACGCAGGUGACAACUGCAGUGAAAAUCAGGAUGACUGCAGGGACCAUCGCUGCCAGAACGGAGCCCAGUGCGUGGAUGAAGUCAACAGCUACUCCUGCCUCUGUGCCGAGGGCUACAGUGGACAGCUCUGUGAGAUCCCUCCCCAGCCACCUGCCCCCAGGAACCCCUGUGAGGGGACUGAGUGCCAGAAUGGGGCCAUCUGUGUGGACCAGGGCAGCAGGCCCGUGUGCCAGUGCCUCCCAGGCUUUGGUGGCCCCGAGUGUGAGAAGCUGCUCAGUGUCAACUUUGUGGAUCGGGACACUUACCUGCAGUUCACCGACCUGCAGAACUGGCCACGGGCCAACAUCACACUGCAGGUGUCCACGGCAGAAGACAACGGGAUCCUGCUGUACAAUGGGGACAAUGACCACAUCGCAGUUGAGCUAUACCAGGGCCAUGUGCGGGUCAGCUACGAUCCAGGAAGCUACCCCAGCUCUGCCAUCUACAGUGCCGAGACAAUCAAUGAUGGCCAGUUUCACACUGUCGAGCUGGUUGCCUUUGACCAGAUGGUGAAUCUCUCUAUCGAUGGUGGCAGUCCCAUGACCAUGGACAACUUUGGCAAACACUAUACACUCAACAGUGAGGCCCCCCUCUAUGUGGGAGGGAUGCCCGUGGAUGUGAACUCAGCCGCCUUCCGCCUAUGGCAGAUCCUCAAUGGCACCAGCUUCCACGGCUGCAUCCGAAAUCUGUACAUCAACAAUGAGCUGCAGGACUUCACCAAGACACAGAUGAAGCCAGGAGUGGUGCCUGGCUGUGAGCCCUGCCGCAAGCUCUAUUGCCUGCAUGGCAUCUGCCAGCCCAAUGCCACCCCGGGGCCCAGGUGCCACUGUGAGGCCGGCUGGGGGGGCCUGCACUGUGACCAGCCAGCCGACGGGCCCUGCCAUGGCCACAAGUGUGUCCAUGGGAAGUGUGUGCCCCUUGAUGCGCUCUCCUACAGCUGCCAGUGCCAGGAUGGGUACUCAGGGGCCCUGUGCAACCAGGCUGGGGCACCAGCAGAGCCCUGCGGGGGCCUGCAGUGCCUACACGGCCACUGCCAGGCCUCGGCCACCAAGGGGGCUCACUGUGUGUGUGACCCUGGCUUUUCAGGCGAGCUGUGUGAGCAAGAGUCCGAGUGCCAGGGGGACCCUGUCCGGGACUUUCACCAGGUCCAGAGGGGCUAUGCCAUCUGCCAGACCACACGCCCGCUGUCAUGGGUGGAGUGCCGGGGCUCGUGUCCGGGGCAGGGCUGCUGCCGGGGCCUUCGGCUGAAGCGGAGGAAGUUCACCUUUGAAUGCAGCGAUGGGACCUCUUUUGCUGAGGAGGUGGAGAAGCCCACCAAGUGUGGCUGUGCCCUCUGCGUGUAGCGCUGGAUGUGGACUGGGUGGGGCUGAGGGUGGGCGAGGGAGGCUCAGCUGGCAGCAGCAGUGGAGACAAUGCCAGCAGCUGGGCCGUCACUGCGGCGGCUCCUGGGCAGCUGGGCUCUUUUGGAUAAGUGAUGCCAGAGCAGCCUUUUGAAAGCAAAUUGUGCCACAGCUGGGGACAGAAGGGUGGGCGAGGCCCGAGCUGCGGACUGCCCUCUCUGGAAGUGCCUUUCACAAAUAGGCACUUAAUAAAUAUUUGUUGAAUGAAUGUGUGUGUGAGGUCAGGCCAAGAAGUUCAGAAUGGUGACAUUCCUCUUUGCUAGCUACCUGAGUCUGAAGAAGGGGACUGUCUCCUUCCCAAACCAACCGUUCCCUCAGGCCUGUGGUUCAAGCUGGACUGAAGCUGGGUCCUCAGACCCAGAAGCCCCUUGUCUGUCUGCGGAUAAGCUUGAAGUUCUCUCAGCCUCUCCGGGGAAGCCAGACUUGUUCAUUCCACUGCUGUGGCAUCAGCUGGCAGCAGGCCAGGCUGUGCAGGGGAAGGGCCGCCUCCUGCUGGCCAGGAAGGCACUGACCCUUGCCCCCUGGGCUGACUGAUGGCAUUUGGAGGUGGCUCUUAGAACUAGGCCUCUGGAUCCUAACUGGUUAUAGGAUGACCAGUGUAGUGUAAGGAGGAAACAGCCACUAGGGCUGCUUGGGGUGGCAGACCCCAAAGAGGGCAGGAGGUUCUUGGCUCCAGCUGACUAACCAUCACCAGCCUCUAGAUACUAGCCACAGAAGGGGCAGUGGUCCUGGGCUUCCCAGCCACUAGCCAGCCACAAGCUGUCAGUGAGUCAUCAGCAGAGGGACAGGGUGUGGGAGCCCAGGCCAGGCUGCUUGAUGGGUCCAGAGCCCUUUGCAGGCCUGCAGGGAACAGCAGAAGGGAUAGGGGGCCAGGUGUCAGGAAAUUGCCACUGGCUUUAUCACUCUGGGCAAAUUUCUUCUCCUGGGCCUUGGGCUCCUCAGCUAUCACAUGGGAAGGUGGGAUGACCAAAGGAGCAGCGCAGAUGCUCCUACUAUGCUCUCAGGAGGGGGGAUUAGAAGACCCAUUUUCAUUAAUCACAUCGAUAAGUAUUUAUGUGCCUAACCCAGGGCUGGGUCCUAUAGUUGUUCUGCCCUGAUGGACAUCUGGGAACUAACCCCAGAGCAUCACAGGAGCAGCCAGGAUGCCUGGGAGGAAGCUGAGCUGAACAGGGGCUCUGGCUGCCCACCUGCUAGCAAUGAAAGAUGCAGUGUUUGAAGUCACUGAGUACAUCACUGACGGAAUACCAAGGCUUCUCUUCCAUGGAGAGUGAAAUGUGGAAAGACGACUUUUGAUUCCAAAUAGGGAGCUGGCUGAAAGGAGUCACACUCCUUUUCCCCAAGAUGUCCCCCCAUCAGGGUGUGUCCCUGGGGUAAUCCUGGUGGGCAAAGGAGGUGAGCAUGUCCAUUUUCUGGCUCCCUCCACCUUUAACCAGAAAGCAAGGUCGGGGGUGUAUCCGGUGGGGUUAGAGGAGCCUUGUGUCUGUGCCCCAGUGCACGUGGGCAGCAAGGGGAGCCUUUGGUGCUGAUUAGUGGAGGGCUUGCUUUCCUGUGCUGUGGGAGCUUGGAACAUUCCAUUACACUGGGACUCAAGCCAAUAAUUAGAGUAUCGGGACCCCUGUGAUUGGGAAAGGGCCCUGUCCUGCCUGCUUGGGGGAGGGUCCUCAUGGUGGGAUCUGACCCUCACCGGGAACUGGGCUGUGUUUUCUAGUACUUCUGAGCAAGCCACAAAGCCUGCCCCCACCACAAGUGGACUGAGCAGGAGGGGCCUCCCAGGGCUUUUCCCAGGGCUGCAUAGCAUCCCUCUUACUUCUGAAUGUCUGGCCACUGUGGGAUCCCGGAGAGAGGCUGCACCAGCCAAUUAGGGCAGAAAGGCUCAAAGGCAGCUAGCCUGUCCCCUCCC